UAGUUGACUAACGUUGGUAAGCAAAGUUAGCUAGCUGACAUUGUCACUAUCAUUAGCCAGCUGGUAGUUACCGGCUGAAACGGGCACUCGUGCGAAACAGAAAAGUGACCGUUUCAGGUGCUUCUUCGAUAUGUUUUCAUAUAUUCGGGCUUUGUUGGCAUUAAAGCUCAUUAGAACAUUAAAACUGUAAAGGUCACGCUAAGCAGACUGCGAUAGCAUGUGGUCGUAUGGCUUCUUAACUACUUACGGGGUAUCUGGGUCUUGAGGGGUCUUAAGAAGCAUUGAUUUAAGUUUCCUCAAAAAAAGACCUUUAAGCUUUUAAAAAGUCUUACAUUUCAUUUGCAAAGGUUUUAAAUGGUGUUUUUUUUCUGGCUUGCUAUAGUAUACGUUACGUUAUAAAAGGUUUUAGUGGGUGAUUUUAGAAAAACCUGACUGGAAAACCCCCAGUUCUAGACCUCGGACCUCAAAUUGUUCAUUUUCAGUUCAUGUAAUUUAUUUCCUGCUGAUUGUCCAGGUCGUGUCAUCCCUACUACUUUUCCAUCAUACCUUCAUAAUUUGAGCAGUAGGACUGUGAAACAGAUGAGACUGCCAUGGUGGACCAUCACAUUGCACACAGCACCUGUAAGGAGGGCAUCCUCUGUCCCUGCAGGUAUGUUGAACUUUGUCCCCACCUGCAGCACCACCGAUGCCCACUCCCUGGACCAGCUGCAGGACUUUGUGGCCCGAGCCAGACGCCUGUUUGUUAUCAGUGGAGCAGGUCUCUCCACCGAGUCGGGCAUCCCCGAUUAUCGCUCAGAGGGUGUUGGACUGUACGCCCGCACUGACAGACGACCCAUGCAGCAUGCAGAGUUUGUCCGCAGUGCAAAAUCCCGCCAGCGCUACUGGGCUAGAAACUUUGUCGGGUGGCCACAGUUCUCCUCCCAUCAGCCAAACUCUGCACACAAGGCCCUGCAGCAAUGGGAGGAGAAGGGGAAGCUGCACUGGCUGGUUACACAAAAUGUGGACGCUCUCCACUCAAAGGCAGGACAGAAAAGAUUGACGGAGCUCCACGGCUGUUCCCACAGGGUGACGUGCCUAGGCUGUGGUGCCAUUUCAGCAAGGGAGGAGCUCCAGAGACGAUUCGUCGCAUUAAACCCAGGCUGGAAGGCUCACGCAGGCGCUGUGGCUCCGGAUGGUGAUGUCUUCUUGGAGGACGAGCAGGUCCUCCAUUUCAGAGUUCCCUCCUGCGACGACUGCGGAGGGAUACUGAAGCCUGAUGUCACGUUUUUUGGAGACACUGUGAAAAAAGGGACGGUACAGUUUGUGCACAGCAGACUGGCAGAGUCGGACGCGGUGCUAGUCGUGGGUUCUUCGCUACAGGUAUAUUCAGGAUACAGGUUCUUACUGGCAGCAGGUGACAGGAAAAUGCCAGUCGCCAUCCUGAACAUCGGGCCCACGAGAGCCGACCACUUGGCUGAGCUGAAAGUGAACGGCCGCUGUGGUGAAGUGCUGUCAGUCAUUCACCCACUCUGACUGUCAUGGACAUAAAGUUUGAAAAUUCUGUAUUCAGGUCAUCAAAAAAUCUGUGCAAGCUACCUCAGAUUUAACAAGGUAGCUACAUACUCACCUUCAGGAUGAUGUUCUCAGCUGUCUGGCACUUUUUUGUGUAAAUCAAACUGAGCCAGAAUCAUAUACGCACCUCUGCCAGGAGCCCUCAACUCUUUUAUCAAAAUAAGGCAAAACCUGAAAUAUGUGUAGCCACAAAUUGUUUGCAGAACAAUUAAAUAUUUAUAAGAUAAAUGGUCUUCAUAGAAAAAAGUGUGUGCCUGUCUUGGAAACUCAACUUCUCUGCACGCAACAGAUCGGUGUCAGGGGUCAAUAUCUUUUCUCCGUUCACUCACGGUAUACUGAUGCUGCUUUUAUUUAAAGAAAUUGUCCUGGGCAAUCGUCUUAAACUGACCUGUUUUUAACUACAAGAAUUUUGUGGAAGUGCACGUAGCUUGUACAUAAAGGCACAAAAGCAUGUAGCAGGUUAAGAUAGACCAGAGGUGUAUCUAAUAAACUUGAAACUAAUUCAAGACAUUACACAAAAUAUACUACGAUCAAAUGGUUUUCAAUGGAUUUAAUUUGUGUUAUCUGUGAAUGGAUUAUGAUCGUGUUUUUAUAUAAUGUGUUGCUGAUAUUAAUAGGCAUACAUUUGAAAUGAUAACAUAGUGAGGAGGAUGGACCUUUUGUCAGUUUGUUAAACAAUGUUAAGUGUAGUUGAGACUACAAGUGUCUGUUCAGCAAACUGUCAAGCAGUAGAUCUUGUUUUACCUAAAACUAAUGCAAAUGUUUAUAUUUGAAAUGUCAUAACAAAAACAUAUUGUCUGUUUUAGUUCUUUUAAUUAAAUUAUUGUAAAGCAUUACAGCACUUUGGAUGUCAGAAAGUCUUCUGUGUUAUUUGCAAAUUUAGAUUUGCAGCUGUAGUUCUACAUGUAGAUCAACUAACUCUUGCAACAUUUAUGUCCUGAAACAUCAUAAUUUGUGAGUAUGAAAUAAACA